ACUCUGGUCUGUCUGCUGACACCGCUUAUCCUUCCCGUCCUAUCCUACACACCGGUCAAGAUGGCAUCAGAUGAAGGAAAACUCUUUGUUGGUGGACUGAGUUUUGAUACUAAUGAACAGUCAUUGGAACAAGUCUUCUCAAAGUAUGGACAGAUUGCUGAAGUUGUUGUUGUGAAAGACAGGGAGACUCAGAGAUCCAGAGGUUUUGGCUUUGUCACAUUUGAGAACAUAGAUGAUGCUAAAGAUGCCAUGAUGGCCAUGAAUGGAAAGUCUGUUGAUGGGCGGCAGAUUAGAGUUGACCAGGCAGGCAAAUCAUCAGAAAAUCGGUCCCGCGGAUAUCGAGGGGGUUCAUCCAGUGGCUGAGGCUUCUUCCGUGGAGGCAGGGGUCGAGGCCGUGGUUUUUCUAGAGGAGGUGGAGACCGCGGUUAUGGGGGGAGCAGAUUUGAAUCGAGAAGUGGUGGAUAUGGAAGUUCCAGAGACUAUUACAGCAGCAGCAGGAGUCAAGGAGGCUAUGGUGACCGGUCUUCAGGAGGGUCUUACAGAGACAGCUAUGACAGUUAUGCUACACACAACGAGUAAAAAUCCUUCCUGAAUCAAGAUCAUCCUUCCAAUGGCUGUAUUUAUAAAGAUUUUUGGAGCUUCGCUGAAUCGUUAUUGUGUAGUACCCAUCUACUUGUAUUCACUUUUGUAGUAUUAUCAGUUCUGAUCUUGUCAAACACAGCCUGACAGCUUCGGACAUGA